AAUACCUUAUUACAAUGUGAGCUGAAUAUUUUAUCUUGUAUAAUUUAUUAUUUGCUUUUGAAUAUAAUUAAAUACCAUUUUCAUGUUUAGUGCCAAUUGUGUAAAAAAAAGUUUCUUCGGUUUUCUUUGAAGUUUGGGAUUUUGCCGACAAGAUAUUACCUAAACUGUCAAGGUGUCUUCUAACCAUCUACAAUGGUUCUGACAGAUCUUCCAUUUCAAAAGAGCUCGGUGAUUCACAGUCGAUACAGUCUGAUUCGACGCCCGGAUAGCGCACCACCCGGUCAAGCUGAUGUGAACAUGGAUGAUGCUGCUAGAGAGUGUAAACAAUAUGCAGCCUUUUUAAAAGAGCAGGAAAGAAGAGUGGGGCCUGACGGUUACGUUGACUCAAAGAAAUUCAGUCAUACAUUUAAUGUUCGGAAGUCACGCUCAAAACCAAGACGCCUUAGCAAUAAUGGAUCUUUGACCAAUGUUGUUCAGUUGUCGAGUAAAGUUGAAAAGGACAAGGGUGAAUAUGAGAAAAGGAUUAAAGUUAUUGAGGAUCACAUGUGGCAGCACAAGCAGGAAGAACGGGAACUGAAGAGAGUGGAAGGCGACAUCAUCAAGAAUCAGAGGGCUGUCCGCCACACUCUCAGAGAUUACGAAAAUGCAAUUACCAAAAAGAAGUUAGCAGAAGACAAAAAGUUUAACCAUUCUAUGGACAAAUUUACAAAGCUCUCUCAAGAACAUAUUCACAAGAAAGAAGAUCUUACAAAACAAAGAAUUGAAGUUAAGCUGCUUAAAGAACAAGAAGAAAAGUCCUCCAGUAGAAAGGUUUUAGUGCGCAGAAAUGACCUGUGUCACCAGUUUGAGACGAAAGCCGAGGCAAUAGAACUGAAACAGCUUGAAGUGAUGCGACUCAGUCAGGAAUUUGAAAACCAGAUGAGAUUAAAAGAGGAAGAAAAGUUUCAACUGAUGAAGGAGCUCGGAGAUCUAGCAAUAGCACUGAACAUGGAAGCUCAGAAAGGCAGAGUACAAUCAGUUGAAAUAGAGAAAGAGAAAUCGAAGGAAAACACUCAGCGAAUCAAGGAAGAUUUAACACAUGAUAAAUUAUUGAAUGAAAAACUGGCUCGAAGUGACGUUGAAUCCAAGACAGCUUUGCAGAACAAGAGACGAUUAAGUGUUGACCUGUCGGUGACCAAAUCUCACUUAGAUAUCAAGAAACGCGAUGAACAGCGUCAUUUAACUGAUACUCAGAUUCGACUGGAAGACAACACGACAACACAGAGGAGUUUGAACAAUGCUGCGUUGUGUGCUGGGAUGGAUUUGAAGGCAAAACGGAUCGACCAAAGACUCGAGGCACACAAUGCACGGCGGGUGAAUCAGCUGCACAACCACAUGAAGCUGAAGAAAGACCGGGAGCAAUCCCAGCAGGCCGUGUGGGAGGAACGCUUCAAGAAACGCUACCAGGAGCAGCAGAUACGUGAACAUGAAGACUCCAUCAAGUUCUUCUCAAAAAUGGUCAACAAGGGCGAUGAUCUGGAACAGAGUCUGUACAACAAGGUGCGCAAUGCUGAGUACGCGCGACAGCAACAGGAGCAGUCCGUGCGGCGCAUGCAGCAGACGCUGGCAGAGAUCAAGAGAAUCAACAACCUGAAACUCACCCAAGAAAUAGUCGACAGACAGAGACAAGAAAAAGAGCUGGAGCAGCGACUGCUUAAAGAAAAAGCCGAACUUGAUAAGGUCCAUGCCCAGCGUGAGGAGAGCUACAUUCGACUCCAGAACCACCGGCGCCAACUCCAGGAAGAUCAGUACCUGUUGGAAGAACAUCAACGUGAACAUGAACGUCUGCAUCGCAUCGGCGUCAAGUCAGAUACCAGCACUGCGGAAAUCACCUACUGAAACAUCGGCAGGCUUUUUCUGUCUGGUCCACUGAACUGAUUCUUUUGUACAGAGGUGGAAGCAGGAUUUGUCUUAGGAGGAAGUUUAACUUUUUUUUAAAGGGCACACAGGUUAUUCCAAAUUACUCAAACUUAUUAUAUACUAUAUUGUGUAGGUCAUAUUCUCCUGAAAUAUAUUGAUCAAUAUCUAUGGUUUAAAGUGUCGUUCACAAAAUCAGCUGAUGUGAAGUGAAGUUGAAGAUGGUGUAUCUGUUACAGAUAACAUUCACCAGAAAGCUAAUUCAACAAGUAAUAUUUUAAUAGAUCUUUUCUUAUGAGGGCUUUUCUAGAAUUGAUCACAAGGGGAAUUUGGGGAGAGUAAUGUUUUAAUAUACACACCACCUACAAAAUAAUUUUUUUAAUUAACCCUGGCCUAGUGGACACUCAUAACCAAUAAAAUAAAAGUCAUAAUUUCUCACUAAUAAAUUGUCAUGUAACAUACACUAUUAUUGUAUAGUUUGGCAAACUAAUGACCUUGUUGGUACUAAAUAUGAAACACAAAUGACUUUUCAUUUAUGCCUCUGUUUUCAUUGUUAAAUUAUGUAAUAAAUUGUGUAAUAAAAUGUUAUAAUACAAUUCAUUACAGAUUUUUAAACAAUAAAUAGAAAUUUGGUUUUUGAUAAUUAUUUUUGAACCUGAUUAAAAUGCAAAAUUAUACCAAUUAUUGUGUGUAAAGUGGUUUACAUGAUUUCUAAGUGCAUGUAUGGAUAAUAAAAAAUAAAUUUAAAUGCUUUUGGAGAACAAAAAGAGUUGAGGUAAUAAAUAGAAUAACAAACUCACUAACAAGUAUCAAAUUUAUGUGUCAUGAAAUAAUUUUAAUUUGUCACUCACUAAAUUUUGUAACAGGUGGAAAAUAUUUCACUCAGGACAUAAAUAUGAUAAUAAUUGGAAACUCAUAUAUUAUCCUCUAUAUGUAAACCAUAUAUACAAUGGGCAAGAUACAUGGCAAACCCACAAGUCAUAUACAAUAAUUAUAGUGCCUCUAACGCCUGUCCCCUCCUAUCCAUGUGAUCAUGUUUGGACAGCCCUUAAAUUGAGUUUUUAAGACAAGUGAAUUUAGUUUCACUUUUUUCAUACAAGCUUCGCCAGAUUGUGACAGAAUGAUUUUUUUAGUUUAAAGCCUAAACCUGUCUGUAAGUGGAAGUACAUUCAUUUAAUACUUCGGUUAACAGUUUUCAGUUGUUGGAUAAGGUGCUUCUGUUGUAUAAAGUGCGAGUGCGAAUAAUUUGUACAUGCUCAUAUACCACUAGAGUUUCGAGCAUGUCCGUCCCGGGGCCUGUCUCUGGAUAGCCAGGGGCUUGUCCCGGGACAGAUUGUAUAAAGUGAAUAGAACAUUGAUCUCUGGAUAACUCGUGAAGUAAAAUAAUGUUAAAUAUUCAAGCUUAUUAUAACAAGAAAAUAAUCUGAUAACUGAAUAUUUUAUUUUAUAAUUAAUGAUAAUGAUGGUUUCCAGUUGAUUUAUUUUCUAAAAGAAAAGAUUUAUAUAUAAUUGUUAAUUACAUUUUUAAAAAUUUCUUAUGCACUCAAUUUUUUAAAAGUUCAAAAUGUUCAAGAUGCACAUGAUAGAUACUCUUUUAUAAAAGUAUUUUUGUACAUUAAUCUUAUGCAUCUAAAACAACAAUGAUUUUAUAUUUUUUAUUGUUGCUACGAGCAACACCAGAAGGCUGUGAAUAAUAAUUUUGUGAUAUAUGCAUGAUAAUGCAUCAAAAUCUUUAUUCAAGAAAUAUUUAAUAUUUAUUAGUUGUUUUAAGAAGGCCAAAAGAAUAAAUGUUAUCUCAGAUUGUUGUGUGAAAUAAAAAUAUUUUCUGAUUAAUUCAGAUAUAUAAGUGCUACAGUUUAUAUACACACUGAAAGCAAGAUCUUUUAUAAACAUUAUUGACUAUUAGCAUUUGCAUUUAACAUGUUUGGGAAAUGGCACAAUGUUUUCAAUGGUAUAAUGAGACCUACUAACUCAGUAUCAUCCGCUUACUGCCAAACAGUUAAACAUGUUGUGAGGAUCAUCUUAACAAUUUGAUUGUUUUUUUCAGACUACAAAUGUUUUUAUUAGUAUAGUAUGAAAUGUGUUUCCCACUUGCCUAAACUCAACAUUUCCCUACCUUGCCCUAAAAUUGAACUGUUUAUGUAGUUGAUUAUUAUUUAAAUACUAUAUGUAUUUAUGUUUUUGGAAAUGAUGGAAUAUUUUCAGUAGAUUUGGAUUGUUUCUGAAUUCUUAAAAGUUAUAUCACAUUCAAAUUAGCACGUGAGAUUGUUUUACAAGUUUCUGUUAUCCAUGACUGGUGUUUUCAAAAUUUCAGUAUUAAUGAGGUUAAAUGUUCACAUAAUUUUUUUCAUUUUACACUAAUAUCAUUUAUACAUCAAUAUGUGUUUAUAUAUUAAUCUGUUCAUACGUUAUCAUGUGUAAAUAUCAUAUUUUCAUCUAUAAGAUUAUGUGGUAACAUGUUUUUCAAACAUCCUAGUUUGGUUUGAAAUCAAUUAAUCAGCCUCAACUUAUUUACCUUUGUGUCAGUCAGUAUCCUGUCUACUCCAGCAUAUCAUGUCUAAUAACAUGUUUGUACAUUGUCAGUAUGCAUCUAGUUUGUCAUCUCAGGCCAGGCUGACUACAGUAAGGAUUUGUAGAUUUGGUUAUAAAUAACACAUCAGUGUACAUCUAGUAUUCUGUCCUAGACAGGAAAUCUGGCACAAACCAGAACUUGUGUCCAGGAUGGACGUGCCUGAACCUUCAGUGGAUAUGGGCACGUUAAUAGAGUUUUCCUUCCUUUUCCUCCUUACAUCUAGUUUGUCAUCUCAGGCCAGGCUGACUACAGUAAGGAUUUGUAGAUUUGGUUAUAAAUAACAUGUUACAUCUAGUAUUACAAACCAGAACUUGUGUCCAGGAUGGACGUGCCUGAACCUUCAGUGGAUAUGGGCACGUUAAUAGAGUUUUCCUUCCUUUUCCUCCUUACAUCUGGUUUGUCAUUUCGUGUUGUCCACAGUGAGGUAAAUUCUGCUUCUGUUGCCUUGAAUGGGCUCAUGUACAAGUUCAUCCAUUGAAGCAGAAUAUGCUCAUUUUUCGAAAACAGCUGGCAUCAAACCUGUAUUGUCUGUGAUUUAUAAGUACAUACUGGACUGGAAUGGUUUUGUCUGAAUUCAGUAAAGAAUAUUUUGCAAUAACAAGGUUCCUGAAUAACAGGGUUCAGUGGUAUUACAUGUACUAAAAAUGUGGUUCUUUCAAAUUCAAAAAUAGUUAUCAUGGUCAAUAUAGGAAGAUAAGUUUUUGAUUUGGGACUGUUGAAUAGAAUUGUAUGAAAAAAAUAUUAAAAAAUGUUAUUAUUUUACAUGAGAAAUCAAAAUCAAAUGUGACUGCUGUUGCUCUGUCAGGAACCAGGGUACAUAGCUACCGUAAAUAGAUUUUUGUAAAUUAUUAUGUCUCAUGCUGAAUCCUAAGUCAUUCAGUUGCAUUCCACAUUUUGUAACAACUGCUUUGUCUUGGGUAGUAAAUCUAAACGACAAUCAUAUCUGUACACAAGACAAGAGUCAAAAUGACGUUUACAUGAUCGUUACUGCUUCCAUGAACCACUCAAACAUUUUGCCUAUAGGAGGACUGCCACUCCUACAUACCUUUUAGGACCAACUCCUAUAGGACUGGUACUCCUGCAUACUUUGUGGGACUGUCACUCCUACUUUUCUUAUAGGAAUACUGCCACUCCUAUGUAGCUACCUUUCUCAGAGGACUGUCACUCUCGCUUAGCUACCUAGUAGGACUGCCAAUCUCCUACCUAUCUAGUAGGAGGACUGUCAGUCCUUAGGCUUGUUUGACAAAUUUCAACCUGCAAUAGACAACUUGGCCUCUGAUCAUGUUGAAUACCUGAUAUCUUCUCCUGAAAACUGAAUAGAUUUUUAAAUGUUUCAUGUAAUCUUUCAACCAUUUUACACUCAAUCCAUGCACAGAUCUUGGGUGUAUUAUAAAAAAGACAACUAGUUUAAAAUUAGCGUUUAUGUCCAGUGUGUCAUAAUCUUGACUUGAACAUCUUAAAAACACUCUCUUGUUUGAAUCAGAAAGUGUCACAUUCCAGGAUUAAACUCAAACUAAUAAUAAACGACAAUUACUACACCUUGGUUUUGGUUUUGUACAGAGUAAAUAUAACAUAUUCAACGGUAAUUUGUUCAAUUUGACAAAUGGUGCUUUUUUUCAUUCAUCUUUUUUUUUGUCUAUUUAUUUUUAAAAAACCCCUGUUAAAACAAACACAACAACACAAAAACAAGCCCAUACCAUGUGUAAAGAAGUUUGUCUCCUCAAUAUGGAUCUCAGAAUUAUUUUGACACAGUUGAAGGUAAGUAGUCUUUGUCCAGUUGAAGCAUAGAACAAUAGUUGUUCUAUUAACGAUGUCAGUAUUUGAAUGUCACAUUGCAUUUCCCUACAACAACAAUAAACCUCCUGCAUGACUUUUUAGUUUACAGAAUGCUGGAAAAUUCAAAAUUGCAAUUUUAUUUAUUUAUUGGAAGAAUAAUACAUGUACGGUAUUACUAAUGUAUCUAACUGCAAUUAAAAAAAAUAUUUUAAUGCAAAAGAAAUUCCAUUUAUUAAAUAUGGAUAUGAAGUGAAAUUAUGAUGAGAUAUGUUACAUUUGUGUAUGAAGCAAAAAUGAUGGUACAGAAAUUGUCACAGACCUUGGCUGUUUUGAUUGUUAAUUUUCAAUUAGGUUUCACUAUUAAAGUAUUUUCAUAUUCUGUGUCACAUUUUGUCAGAAUUUGAUUAAUUUGUUGUAAUUGAUGCCAUUGUGUGUGUCAGUGUUCCUGGUACAAACUAUGUACAAGUAGCUUUGUUAAACAUGAGGAAACUAAGUACAAGAAUUCUCAUUGGGAGAGAAAUGUUUUCGAACAGCCAAUCAGCUAUAGCCAUUAGGGAUACAAUCAUGAAAUGUAUGCACAUAUUUGAUGUUGAUUUUCAGUAUAGAAGUUUUACAAUUAUAAAAUCUGACAUUUCAAGACAGUGUGUAGUAUUCAGUUUGUUUGACAGCAGAUGACAUUGAUGAGAGUUAGAACUGACAAGUAGUACCGGUAAGAUAUAUAUUGUGAUAGAAUGGAGAAUGCUCUGACCAAUCAUAUAUAUUAUUGCUGUGGUUUUAACAUGUUCUUGUCAGAGUAAUACAAGUCUGUUUACUACCACGUCAAGGGAGUCAACUUCUUCCUUUAUGGUUUUCUAUUUUGUUUUGUUUGUGUUUGUUAGUGUUUUGUAUAUAUUUGUUUUUAUUUAUUUUUGUGUGUUUUUGUCUUGACAUGUACCAGUACAUCCAUCCAUCUCUCUGUCUCUCUCUCUCUCUCUCUCUCUCUCUCUCUCUCUCUCUCUCUCUCUCUCUCUCUCUCUCUCUCUCUCUCUCUCUCUCUCUCUCUCUCUGUGUGUGUUAUUUUCUGGUGAGGAUAAUGGCAACACUAACAAAUUUGUCAUCAAGUCUGCAUUUCUCACAAUCUAUAAGUCAUAGUUUCACCUGUACCUUUUUUCUUUCUUUUUUCUUCUUUUUUUAAACAACUAGAUUAAUAAUAAAAUAUACACUACAAAUUUAAAAAACCCAAUAUUUUUGUCUGUACACCAAGCCUAGAUGUUGGCUUGUUUAGCACUGGGAUUGUGUAUAUCCAUUGUUGAUCCCAGUGCACUCAUUUGGGAGUAUUUGUAUCCCACUGACACAUUCCGUAUUGUUGUACAAGUAGUCUGGCUGGUACACAUGUUAUUUAGACUGGUACCUUUGUUAAUAUAUAUUUUUUUAUUUAUCAUAUUUCAUCUAUACCAUUGUUUAUGAUAAAAGCAGUGUCUGUGAUUUUAUGUGCCAUUGUUUGUUUUUAACACAUUUAUAUUAUAUUCAUAAUUUUUGUUGACAUUUAGAAUAUUUUUUAUUUUACCCUGUUUUUUUAUUAUUAAAAAUCUCUUCAUGGUCUUUUCCAGGGACUAAGUUCUGAUGCUUGCCAAAGUUUUCUCUCAAAUAUGUAACAGAAUUUAUAUGUGAAUCAUGUUGGAACACCAUCAUGAUGUCAUUGUCAUGUUGAUUGCAGUUACUAGUUAUGUCAUUGUGUUGAUUGCUUUCACCAGUGAUGUCAUUGUGUUGAUUGCAGUCACCAGUGACAUCAUUGUCGUGUUGAUUGCAGUUACCAGUGACAUCAUUGUGUUGAUUGCUUUCACCAGUGAUGUCAUUGUGUUGAUUGCAGUCACCAGUGACGUCAUUGUUGUUGAUUGCAUUUACCAGUGAGGUAAUUGUUGUGUUGAUUGCAGUUACCAGUGAUCUUAUUGUUGUGUUAAUUGCAGUUAGCAGUGAGAUCAUUGUUAUGUUGAUUGCAAUUACCAACCAUGGUGCAUGUGAAUCAUGUUGAAACACAAACAUGACGUCAUUGUCAUGUUGAUUGCUGUUACCAGCCAUGUGUUGUUUUCCUGCACUUGUAGUUUCUGAUCUGUUAUUUUCAAUUAACUCGAAACCAAAGCCAGGAUUUUAAAAGAUAAGAGCGUGUGUCCAUAAUUGUUUUUUUUUCUUUUCCAGAAUUCUCUCUCUCUCUCUCUCUCUCUCUCUCUCUCUCUCUCUCUCUCUCUCUCUCUCUCUCUUUUACUGUUGUUUGACAAAGUGUAUCUAAUGAGAUUGGGGUUUUUUCUGAUAUUUUGAAAGUAUACAUAAACACCCUCAAACAUGAUUCAUCUUUGAACCAGCAGCACAGACCUAGAAAUAUUCUUGGAGUAUUGAUUUGGGGGAGGGGUAUUCAUAAUGUUUAGAGAUGAGGACCCCUUACUACCCAUCUAGAGAGUGGUUCGUUUUUAACACUGUGCACUGUUGUGUUCACAGUGUAGUACCUAUCAAUGCUUGGGUCUGUAAUGUUUUGUUUUAAUAUAUUUGUGAGUGUUGGAAGCCACUACUGUGAGGUUUGUUUGGGGAGAGGUUUACUCAGGUGUGAAAUAAAAUUACGUGAUACCA